AUGAAGAAUGUCUCUUCGACGCCCACGGCUCAGACGAAACCUCUCGAAACCAGCGAUGAUCUUUCCAUACUCCGAGACUUGAGAAAACGAAGGGACCAGAGGCCAGCUUCAGAGACAAGCUCGAGGGCCAACCAGUCUGAGUACAGUCCGACGGCGCGGCUACAGCCUCCCAGUAAGAGCAUGCCGUCAGAGCCGAACUCCGUUGGCUACCCAGAGGAGAAGUCUGUUCAAGCCAUUGGACAAGAAACUGAACGCGUGCUCAGGGAACAUGUUGUCACCGGGAGCGGUGCCACCCCAGAAGCCGCACCAUCGACCCCUUACAAGCAGGUGCAGGUUGCGUUUGCGAUAGAUGUCUCCUACAGCACGGAAGGAGGUGUUCUCGAGCAGGAGAAGCAAGCAACACUGAAGCUCGGCGCCCAUUUAGAGGCUCCGGCAAGGGAUCGGGCGCAAAUACUUCCAUGGACUUCGAUUGCACUUCCGCCCGUCGGGCUGUCUGACAUUCAAAGCCUGAGGCCGAUGGGAGGCACCAAUCCCACUGUCCUGAACACCGCCGACCCGCAUCAACGUAUACUCCAACAGUGCUCCCUCUGGUUCCUUCUCACCGACGGCAUGAUUGAACAGCCCACAGUGAGGGAAUUUGCAGUUGGGAUAGGUGAGAAUGGUCUGCACGGAAAGGCCUGCGUGGUGAUCCUCUUUGGGUAUCGACCUUACCGGCCCGUUCAGUGUAAUAUUUCCGUCGGACAAUCCGUCUUCGCGCUUGCUCCGCAUUGCGCGUUUCUCUUCCACGACGUUUCGAACGGAGAAGUCUUCGUCUUCCAAUGCAAAGGAUGCUUCCGCUCUCUCCUCCCCGAGGAGAACAUGGAGGUCAUCUUGACUCCGGAGACCACUUGGGAUCAGCUGCCGCGACUCUCUUAUGAUCGAUUGGCCGAGCUCUCCAUCCCCAAACCACGUCAGAUCGCCUCGAACGCAGUCUUCCUGGCGAGCGGCAGAGUGGUCAACCUGGAAGACAUGUACGGUGAACGCCUUGGGCAAGACGUCUCAGACGAAAUCCUCGGUAACGAUGACAACUUGAAAUCCGUGUUGCUUGCUGCCCAAAGCAGAGGGAAGAGCAGGGAGAUUGAGCACUGGGUCUCCAAGCAAAGGAUGUCGAAAAGGGCGACCGAAUAUCUUGAUCGACCGGACAUUGACGGUGCGGCUUCCAAAUUGAUCUCGAGACUCCUGGAGGCGACCAAGGCAGAUCCUCGCGAUCCAGUCUUGGAGAAGGACCUUAGGAAGCAGUUGAGAGAUGCGCACGACAGAAAUCUGCGUUGGUUCAUGCAAUCGGUCCGCCGUGAGCAAGAGAAGAUCCGUCAACGCAAUACAAUCGUGAGCGAUGCAUUGGAGAGAGUCAAAUUGAACAGAAAGAGUCCAGGUUCUCCAAUCAUGAUGAGCCCUGUCUCACCUCGCCCCGGGCAAUCUGGGCCACGGGAACAGACUUCGCAAGCAUAUGCGGACUGGGGGUCGCAUGCUCAUACAAAAGAUAUUCAUGUCCCUCCCGACCCACCGAGGCUAUCACAUCGUAAACUACAUCUGCCAAUCCGAAAGGGAACAGCCAAUGGCUCGGGGAAGCUCGCAAACUUCUAUCCUGCACAGGGUUCGUAUUCAGAACAUCAAGGCCGGGCCCAAGAUCUCACCUCAAGAUCAAGCUCAAGCCCAAGCAGUCCCGCAUAUCAGUCGUAUAACAGAACGUCACCCUUCUUUACAAACCCGGAUGUGUCGGACUUGCUGUAUAUGAAAGGAUACAAGCUGAACUCGGGCCCGUCAUCUGCACCUCCUUUCCAGGGCCGUUGCAAUCUGUGCGAGGACGACAAUUCACCGUUGGCCCUUCUCCUCAAGGCCAAGCCCGACGACUACGAGACCGAGGGCGGUUUUCCCAACCCAGGCAGCAAUUGCAUGAUCAAAUACCCCUUCGCCAUGGGCAACUUCCCGGAAACAGACAUCAUCUCGUCAUUCCUCUGUUGCGAGAAAUGUGCCUCAUUCGUCUCCCGCAUCGGAACCUCACCACUCGACGAAGCCAUCACAGGUGCCAUCCCGCUUGUGCCACUGUCCAACGAAAUGAACCGGGACAGUGUGCUCAAGGAAGUUGAUGCGACGUUGGUUCAGCGGUUUGAUCUGCAGAUACUCGACCAGAUAUUCCUUUCCAUCCUGUACACCAAGUUAGACAAGGCCACCAGGGGCUCAGAGGUCGUCAGUGAGAUGUUCAUCCGCGCACUGGAGUGGCAGUGUCGAAAUUUCCUCCAGCACAUGACUUUGCCCGCGAGAAUCAGUUGCUGCUCUACUGGCCUCGAAGAAGACGAAGGCGUGUAUGAGCCGUUGACGACAACAUUGUCAUCGAUUCUAUCGAACAUAGAUAUGCCCUGGGAGGAAGGGCCAAAGAGGCUUCUGAGCUACCCAAACGAUGGCUUCGUGACGUUGAUCAAGGCCGCACUUGACUUGGACAUCGUAGGUCCUUCGGACAGUCAUGUCGAGAAGUUGAUCUUCCAGCGACUGCUGUUCUACCUGGCCGAGCAGCACUCGGCGCUACGCGAGAAGAUGGGGCCCGAAUCCGCGAAGGAGGAGCUGUGCAGCAUACUGGCAGGCAAUCAAGGCGGGCUCAUACCCGGUAGAUUCAGUGUGGAGCUCGAAGGUCUCGAAGGCACCUACCUGCUCGAAAGCAGUGCAUAUGACUCGUUCCGGCGGCUGAAAGAGAUGUUUGGCUCGGUGGAGCGGAAAUGCGGCGUCGCAAUCAGACUGUUUUUACAACUCAUGGCCAACGUGGAUUGGGAUGGAGCGUCCGACGAAGAUUUCUUCGACAUGACACGAGCGAGGUAUUGGAGUUCGAUGCUGUUCACGGCCCCUUGGGAUCUCAAGGAGGAAGAUUGCCACGAAAUCUUGAAGAAAGCAUGA